AUGGGAUUUUUGAGUGGUGUUCUCAGCAACAUCCAAGGCCAUUUAGGGCAGCAUAAAGAGCAAAUAAACAAUGCAAUUACGUCACUUAAGCAAAAUAAACACGGCGGUAAAAAAGGUUUUAAUGUUGCGAUUGGAAGUGUGGUUAAAGGGGUGCGGGGGUAUAAUAAGGCAGUGGAGCAGUCUAAUAAAAAGGUGAGUGAACCGAUGACUCUCAUACUUUCGCAGGUGAAUGAAGAGUUCAAGAGUAGUGUAGCUGAGAUACUACCGCAAGAAACGCUCUCAGCCGCCAUGAACGCCGACGUUUCCCAUGCUGUAGACCAGAUUAACGAGAAGCUUAGACAUUGCCACCUGAGUGCUGAGAAAUUUAAUGGCACUUUUAAUUUUGAUAAACACAAUAAAACGAUAUUAAAUGCUGUCAAUGACCUAAAUCCUAAUUUAGUUAUUAGAGUUAAGAAUUCACUUAGCAAUGUUAAGCAUGAGAGCGAGCGGCUUAAGGCCUUGUCAGACAAGGAAAAAAGCGAUUUGCAGGCGAUGAGAGAGAGACUUAGCGAGUGUCUGGAAGCGCUGGGAAAGGGAGUUAAUUGUAAGGUGAGCGAUAAGGUGACGGAACUUGUCGAUUAUUUGAAGGGGAAAGUUCAAGAGAUACUGAAGUUGCUAAAUAGUAUUAAUAAUACGCUGCAACAAUACGUCGCGGAGCUCGGACAGUGGAUUGAUAACGCUAACGUCAUUGUUGAGGCGGCGGAAAAGAAAAUUGAGAUUAUACUACAGGAAACAAAAGGGUCGAAUAGGAAUCAGAUUGAGACCGCCGCGACGUUGAUUACUGCAGAAGCAGAAGUAUUGUUCAAACAAUUCGAUGACUUGAAUAAAAAGUACGAUGGUGUUUUCAAGGUGAUAAAGGGAGAGAAAGGAACUGGUCAAGGUAACGAGGGUGGAGUGUUAGGAAAGCUAAGGACUAUUCAUACGGAUGUUGAGACACAGGUUAACAGCGGUGUGAAAGAUAUAAAGAAUGCGUUGCAAGAGAAUAUUAAAAGACUCAAGGAGGGUAUCAACGCAAAAUUGAAGGGUUAUGUCGAGGACGAAUUGGGAGGACAGAUUAGGGAUGCCCUAAAAGUGCAUACGGAUGAGAUAGCUGGACAUACAGCAAGCUCCAAACCCAUUAAACGAGGCUACCUUGACUUGAUUGUACAGGGCGUAGAGGCAUAUGCCAGGGAGGUAGAAACUGGGAAAUUGGAUAAAGUUUUGAAACAGUGGGCAACCGAUAUUUUGAAAGAUGUUAAAGUGAACAGAUACAUUAUAUGGUAUGCGGAAGCGAACAGUGCGCAAUUUAAUGGUGGAACUGGACGUUUGUCUGAUAGAGUUAGCUUGGUGAAUACGGCUAUUAGCGAAACGUUCCCAGAAGUUUUCAAAGCCUCUGUGGCUGGCAUUGCAGCGACAACACUAAAAACAGCAACGGUAGCAAACAUUGCCGUACAAUUUGAGAAAUUUGCAAGUCAACUUGAGAGUGAUCUAAGAACGAAGGCGGACGAUUUUGCCGGUAAAGUAGAGGCACAUUUGAAACGUUCGCAGUCUGUUUUCACUCACACUGGCAAAGAACAAUCUCUUAAAUCCGCUCUAAAUGCUAUACUGCCUGUCCUUGCUGGAAUUUGCAAACAUUACGCAGAAGAAAUUAUUUCCUUCCUUAAGCAGUCAACAAUUAGCACCAACUUACCGGAAGCCGUAAAAGCGAUUCAGAACCUCAGCAGCAAAAUUGAAAAUGAUGUCAAGGAUACCAACACCAGAAAUGGUAAAGUGGGAUACAUAAUCUACGACGGGUUGAGUGGUAAGGUAAAGAACCAGGCAAAUCCAUAUAUCGACACGUUUGCGCAGGAAGCCUUCAAGCAUGGUACCCAUAAGUUCACGACAGAGCUUGAAAGAGACCUACAAGAACCCGUUAUUAAUAAGCUUAACCGUAUACAGAAUGACGUUAACGAUCUCGUCGACGCUGCAAAUAAAUCACAAACUGAGCUCUUCAACAAAUCCCAGGAAGUAACGUCUCAUAUCGCUGCCCUGUGCAUAGAAAUUAAGAACGCGGCAAGCGAUGAGCAUCCGGAUGGCGUGACAACCAAACUGAAAGAGCUCCGUGAUUUGAUAAAUAAUAAUAAUUUGGUCGACAUCAAAGGCAAGAAACAAAAGGGACUCAACAAGAUUCACAGCGACCUCAGUGAGCUUCGGAGUAGCCUGAUGAAGGGACCGAUACAGAAGGCUCAGGAUUUCAUCCAAAAAGAAGUCACCAGUAUCAAACUGCAAAUCGUCACGGGGAUUCAUAAAUUUGUUGACUCCAGCGUUGAUGAAACAAAAAGGAAACUCACCACCCAGGCGCAGAAGCAGUAUGUAACCUCCGUCAAAGGCUUCCUGAUGGCGUUCGCCGUCGCGGUUGAGAAGGAGCUGAAAAGCUUGCCGUUGGAGAUUGAACAUGAUCUGAAGAUUGGACUAAAAGGUUUCAUGAGCAUUUUGCAGACUCACUUCAUUACGCAGGAAAAAGCACUUCCAGCUAUUAAGAGCAUCGCGGCUAAAUCCUCCACCGACGGCAAAUCUCCACUCAGCCAGGCGGCAGUAAAGUUUUAUGGAGGUAUGAAACGUGUGUUUGAAAAUCUAAAGAAAAAGCCGGAGUUCACCACUGACUUCGAAAAAACUCAGGCUUCACAUGACGCUCUGCGCACAUUGCUCACUGGACUGGACACUUCACAGCAUUUUGAUUCUGUCUUCUCUGAUAACUUAGACAAAUUAAAAGUGACACUCGUCACAUUAACUUCCCAUAGAACUUGUACCUCUUCUGACUGGAUUCUCGGGGCCCUCAAAGAAGGCUUUACUGCUCUAGUCGAGGAACUUCAAAAAUCGUACAUAUCAACAUAUUCUCUGAGGACCAUUGAUUGGAAAACCGCCACAGCUGAGGAGCAAGAAAAGUACGCGAAAAUCGCUUUGACUGUUACGCCCAUCUUACACAACACGUUGGAGGAACUUAAAGAUGAGCUUGAGAAAUCCGAAAAUUCAUGGAAGGCAUAUACCAUCUACAAUCCUAAAAACACCGCCUCUAGUUUACACAAAUUAUUCUUCUGUGAGCAUGGCUAUGACGUUAGAUCGGACGCCGCAAUCCCCUACGGCGAGCUGAAUCAUAAGAGCGACUGCAACGGUGCCCGUAUUCUUGGUCACCUCACCAGAGGAGUGCAUAUUCUGUUUGCCGCCACAGAGAUUGCUGACAUUUCAGCUCUCCAUAGUGCGGAUUCAUAUGCGCCAACCGUGCAGAUUGCUACCGCGGAUGGUGUAAUCGAAACACUCUAUGCCUACCUUGGACAAUACUUCAACGUCUGCCACUUGAUAAUCCACCCGAAAACUAGACCACCUUGCAGCGUAUACGAACAACUGGUAUGGCUCACGGGACUGCAGUUCAAUCCAGUAUACGGAACACUGUGCAGUUACUUUAAAGAGUUGUUUGCGAAGCCGAAGCAACUGAAUGACGUGCCAUAUGCUAACAUUCCGGAAGACCAACUUACCUUAGUUGGCACAACUACAAUACAACCUGGUCAUUUGAAAAGUGCACUUCAUGACGUAUGCUCCGCAUCCUAUCCUGUGCUUGCCACAAUUCUCGGCCACGGUCACAAGGACGGAAUUUACGCGUGUGAGUUCUCCGACAACUCGCUCAAGUUAGAUUACCCAACCAGCAUGAUUCAGCUGCUGUGCACGUUAUUUGACCUGCUCAAGCGCCUCUACCACCAGCUAUACUUCCUGCUGCAGCAGUGUCAACUUACAACUCAGCUCAGCGGCUGGAGGGACUGCCACUACGGCAGGUACAUUGGUGGGUCGGGCUGGCAGUGCAACACGAAGCAGUGCCCUAAGCAAGACUGCAAUGAAAAGCACAACCAAAGUGGCAACCAAAGGGGUGAGCAGUAUCCCAACUGCGGCGUCAAGUCGCCACUGCAGUCGUUCUUGGAGGACGGUUUGAAAGGCCACCUGCCGCAUUCAGUAGCAGCUAGGGGAUCCAGUCUGUCAUGUGGCACGUGUGGUAGUACACCUGGUAUGCCGUGCCGAACUCCAAUGGGCUUCGCUGACAUCGGUGCCACCGCGUCGCAUACGAUGAUUGGCCGGAAUAUACGCGAGGUGCUUGAGGCUUACUGUGGCCGUCCUAACUCCCCCCUCACUAGACUGUGCAGUUACCUCAACUGCCUUUUGCCUAGUGCGCCGAAAACGCUGGCGGACAUGUUCAGCUUCUACUAUCACCUCACCGAUCGCUGGGGUAUGUAUGGUCAAGCGCAUAAAAGCAUUGCUUUCCGUGAUACCGUCGAGGCCGCUAACUUCGGGCGUGAUUAUGGUAAGUUGAACGUAUACCACUUAUUUACCCCUAGCCACUCAGCAUUGAAGAAGGGCCACUCCGAUGGUAGCCUGGGCAGUCUCGUAUGCUUAUCACGGGACUCCGUCGUAUGCGGUCCUUAUCUGCGUCCCAUCGGUCACGCCAUCUACGAGACUUUCUCGUCGGAACAUGCCGAUAAGUAUUUGUCGUGGAUUGUCUAUCUGACGGCGACGUUCUACGAUCUGCUGAAGAAAUUGUAUGAUGAGUGCAAUUCCAAAUGCGGUCCCAGGGGAUCGAAUUGCCAUAAAAAGGCGUGCAUCAAGGAGUGUCCAACCACAUCCAAAAAAGAUCCGCCACGAUAUCACGAUGCCGAAUGCAAAUCCAUUGUAAAGUGCAAUUCAACGCUGCCGACGUUGGCAAAAUACGGCUUCGUUCUCGGCGAUCCAGAGAGGCUGAACGGGAAUAGACAAUCGCAAACGAAACGCACGUGCAGAGAUUUCUGUAAUGUAUUCGCGGAGGCAUUUGAAGAAGACUCACAUCUUGUGAAGUUUUUCAAAGCCAUUGAUAAUUUCAUGUUCACCAUCAGACAGCCGUUUAUAUGGCUCAAUGUCGCGCUCUGGUCACUAUCACUCUUCUACCUCAUCUGCGUAAUGGUUGGCAGACUGGAUGUGCUCCACAUACGCUCACACCUGAGAUCACCAUCAUCGCACAAGAUAACGGCGCAAUCAUUGUUGGCUCCAGCGCAAGUCGGAAGGCUUGCCAAGAUAUCGUACCUGCAACCGUGA